AUGCUUUAGUGAUGAUGCUGCUGAUCUAUUUGGGAAGUUGGCUGGCUCUCAAGGCAGAGUCUCUUCUCAAAGGCUGUUUCACAGUGAAAAUAUGCUCAGUGCAGCCGAGUGCAUGAAUGAAAAAGCCUCUGGUACCUUCUAGUCUGGCAAAAUGCAGCACAAAACUCAACUUACUCUGUCCUUUCUACUGUCCCAGGUUCUGCUGCUUGCGUUUGCAGAAGAUUUAGAAUGCAUCCCUGGAUUCCAGCAAAAGGUUUUUUAUAUUGAACAACCAUCUGAAUUCACAGAGGACCAGCCAGUUCUGAACUUGGUGUUUGAUGACUGCCAGGGGAAUAACAAAUUGAACUUUGAAGUUUCCAACCCAGACUUCAAGGUGGAAAGCGAUGGGUCUUUAGUUGCGAUAAAGAACGUAUCGGAAGCUGGCAGAGCCUUGUUUGUCCACGCGCGGACUGAGCACGCUGAGGAUAUGGCAGAAAUUUUGAUUGUUGGAGCGAAUGAAAAACACAGUGCAUUAAAGGAAAUCUUUAAGAUGGAAGGCAAUCUUGGAAUUCCAAGACAAAAAAGAGCUAUUUUGGCAACUCCAAUUUUAAUUCCAGAAAAUCAAAGACCACCGUUCCCCAGAUCUGUUGGCAAGGUCAUCAGCAGUGAGGGGGCAGAAGGAGCAAAGUUUCGGCUCUCUGGUAAGGGAGUAGACCAGGAGCCCAAAGGGAUUUUUCGGAUCAAUGAGAUCAGCGGGGAAGUCUCCGUGACCCGAGCCCUCGACAGAGAAGCAAUCGCCAAUUACGAGCUGGAAGUUGAGGUCACAGAUUUAAGUGGGAAAAUCAUUGAUGGCCCAGUCCGUCUAGAUGUUUCUGUAAUUGACCAAAAUGAUAACAGGCCGAUGUUCAAAGAAGGACCCUAUGUUGGUCAUGUCAUGGAGGGAUCCCCUACAGGAACUACGGUGAUGCGGAUGACAGCCUUCGAUGCUGACGACUCUAGCACAGACAACGCUCUUCUGCGCUAUAACAUCCUUAAACAAACGCCUACCAAACCAUCUCCAAACAUGUUCUAUAUUGAUCCAGAGAAAGGGGACAUCGUCACAGUGGUGUCACCGGUACUGUUGGAUCGUGAGACUAUGGAAACCCCCAAAUAUGAGCUGGUUAUAGAAGCUAAGGACAUGGGUGGUCUUGAUGUGGGAUUAACUGGCACAGCGACUGCCACUAUUCUUAUUGAUGACAAAAAUGACCAUCCGCCAGAAUUUACCAAGAAGGAGUUUCAAGCCACGGUGAAGGAGGGUGUCACCGGUGUGAUAGUAAACUUAACUGUGGGAGACCGAGACGACCCUGUAACCGGCGCAUGGAGAGCUGUCUACACCAUUAUUAACGGGAAUCCAGGGCAGAGUUUUGAAAUCCACACCAACCCCCAGACUAACGAGGGAAUGCUCUCUGUUGUCAAACCUUUAGACUAUGAGAUUUCAGCAUUCCACACGUUGCUGAUCAAAGUAGAAAACGAAGACCCGCUGAUUCCAGACAUAGCCUAUGGCCCCAGUUCCACGGCAACGGUUCAGAUCACCGUUGAGGAUGUGAAUGAAGGUCCUGUUUUCCACCCGAACCCAAUGACAGUGACAAAACAAGAAAACAUCUCUAUAGGCAGUGUUGUGUUAACGGUAAAUGCCACUGAUCCAGAUACUCUGCAGCAUCAAACUAUCAGGUAUUCAGUUUACAAGGAUCCAGCGGGCUGGCUAGAAAUUAACCCUACCAACGGCACCAUUGGCACCACCGCCGUCCUGGACCGCGAGUCUCCUUACGUGCACAAUAAUGUAUACACUGCUCUGUUUCUGGCCAUAGACAGUGGUAACCCUCCUGCGACAGGUACAGGAACUUUACACAUCACCUUGGAGGAUGUCAAUGACAAUAUGCCGUCCCUUUAUCCAACACUGGCGAAAGUCUGCGAUGAUGCAAAAGAUCUCAGGGUAGUGGUAUUAGGAGCAUCAGAUAAGGAUCUUCAUCCCAAUACAGACCCAUUCAAGUUUGAACUGAGUAAGCAAUCUGGCCCAGAUAAAUUGUGGAGAAUCAACAAGCUGAACAAUACUCAUGCCCAGGUCAUCCUGCUGCAAAACCUGAAAAAGGCCAAUUACAACAUCCCAAUCUCAGUGACAGAUUCUGGAAAACCACCUCUGACUAACACUACAGAACUGAAAUUACAAGUGUGCUCCUGCAAGAAAUCCAAAAUGGACUGCAGUGCAACUGAUGCCCUUCACAUUGGCAUGACCCUUAUCCUUCUUUCACUCUUCAGUUUAUUUUGUAAGUCUUUUCCUGAACUGUAAGUAGUGAAGCAUUAUUUAGCAGCUCAUUUUGGUACUUCAUAACAAAACUUACCAAGGGAGAAGUUAAAUUCAUACAUUGAUCCCAUAGUGCAAUAACUGAUUUUUUUCCCCCCCUGAGGAAGUAGCUAUAUGAAAGAGGGAGGGGAGGUUUUUUUUUUUUUUUUUUGUAUAGUCAAAAAAUAGCAACAAAUGCCAGUUUGUCAAAUUAAAAGGUGAUUGCAAAUAGAAGCAAUAAUUUUAAGAUGAAUCAAAGAGAAUUAAAGCUAGCAUAUGAUAAACUAAGAAGUACCAGCUGUAGUAACAGAUUUGUGAGACGUUUUCUUUCGUCUCUCCUCACUUGAAUUCAGUUCAGAAACAAAAUCAGGAGAUUAAAGCUGUUCUUGCAACAAUAGCUGUCCUGGAUCACCAUGAAAAUCAGUGCUGUCUGCUUCAGUCUAUUCCUCUGUGUAAAGUAUGCAAGCAAGUGGAACAUAAGGAACUUGCUCAAGAUCCUGAGCUUAGAGACACCCAAAAUUCAUAACGAGAGUUGCAAGUCUGGGUUGGGGGAGAAAGAACUGAUACAUAGGGGAAACUUCGGCUGCUUCUGAGAAAGUUUUCUGAAAGAGCCUUAGAAAAUUUGUAAUUUCAAUCAGGAGGAGUACAAAAAUCAAACAAAAUGACUGAAGAGUAGUAAUUCAAACCCCUAGAUCAGCCCCUGGCUUGCCCUGUGACAGCUUUCACCAAUUUUUUUAAUACACUAUUGUUUUGAGCUCCUUAUCUGUAAUAAAAAGAAUAGCUUUAUCCUAUAGCUGUGGUAGUAAAUCUAUUAUUCAAGGAUUAUUACCAUCAUCUAAGGUUAGUAAAAUGCACUUUAUGGUGAAUUAAUACCUAUGCCAUGGUCAAAGACAUUACAUUCUUGAUGAGAUGUAAUCUACCAGGAGGCAGAGACAGAGGUCAAGGAAGAGAUAGUUUACACAUUUGAGGUGUAUACUUGAUUACACAUCUUGUCAGUUCAUUUUUUCCUUAUAGUAUAUUACUUUUACUCCAAAAGGUUAGCAUGAAGGUUGUUGUGAGAGAAUUAGAAAUAGCUAAUGUUUGUGAUGCUCUUUGAAGAUGAAAAGGGCUAUAUAAAUGCUAAGUGCAAAUUCCCAUUCUUUGUUCCAAUCAGUGACAUCUGAAGUAUCUCCAUUGGCUUUGGUUCAGUUAUUCUGUGUUUAGUCUGCUGGAACCAAAAGCACAAUUCAGCUGUUAGAAGUAAAAUGUUAGAAAUACUUGGCAGUACAUGGCGCUAUCAUAUUGGUGAUAUAAAUACGCAGCUCAUUGAUUUAAAUAUAUUCUUGCUACCAGUUCAUAAAUGUUGCUGGUGCUAUACAAGGUGUGACUUUUGCCAUGAGAAUAACUUUCAUCUGUCAUCAUUUGCAUUUCAACUUUAUUUACAUUAAUGCAUCUGCUCAGAGUACAGAGAUGUAGAGAAAAAUGUUUUGCUUUUGAUAGUAUCCAUGUUGCUGUUUCUAGUCCUCAAAGAAAUCCUAUCAUUUUCCUUGUACUGAAUUAUAAAAAGUAGUUCUAGGUAUUGGAAGACUGUUCUUGCCGAUUGCAGAUCUUCCCGUGGCAUCAGGAAGGUUCGUGGCCCUCAGAAUGAUGGAGGGAUUGAUCCCCCUCCUACUGUAAAACUGAAUGGUCUUUACAUUGUGGAACAAUACAGAAAUAUCUACAGCCUUCUCCGUGACCUUAUAUUCUUUGAGAGUAAGAGGGCUGUAAGUGUAAACAAAGCAUGGCGUAAGACUGAAAGCAGGGAGCACAUUGCACAGGCAACGUGAGCAAUGCAGCCCUGGACAGACCACCUGGCUGAAGCCACACAAUUAGAUACUGCCUCGGACCCAUCUUGAAUUUGGCAGACCUCUAGACACAAAUGAUAUUCAUAUAAUCUGCCAAGGCAGUUUGUUUAGUGCGAUGUGCUGGUCUGCUGGCCAAGCAAUAGCACAAAACUGGGGGAAACACCGGGAGAGUUGAAGGGAAGGGAAGGGAAGGGAAGAUCUUCCUUUGCUGGACAGAGGCUUCUGUGUACACUGCUGUGAGUGAGAGUAUGGAUUCGACAAAUAGGCUUCAGCAUGCAGAGAUUUAAUCCUCAACACAGGACCACAAAAAGGUUUGGGGCAAAAUUUGCCGCUAUUCAGUUGUAUUUCUGAUCCAACUAGUUCCACAGAGGGAAGCUGGUAUCCUGUUGUCCGGUACAGGUAUUUAUUCCUGCUUGUGCAAAGCCAGCUAGCAUAAUAACUUCCAUAACCCUUUUCCCCAGGUGUAAAUGACUAUAUGAGACAUAAAAGAAUGAGGCCAGGAGUCAGUUAAAUUAAUGUGGUUCUGUAUUUGAACUUCUCUAAAAUGUGCUGAUAUCAUUGCAUUCCCAAUUCAUUUUCACACAUAGUUCUUUUAUAACUGUGAUUAGUUCCAUCACAAUGUUUUGUAUAGUCCAAAUAUUUAUCAGAGUAAUCAAAGAAUACGAUGCCAUAAAAACAAAGAGAACUUUAGUGCUUAUUGAACAGAUGAAAUAUCCCAUUUCUAGUGGCAAGUUAUGGGUUUAAUUUUUGCAAAAGCCCUUAUGUGGCUCACUUUGCUCCCAGUGUUUGUUUUACGAGGCUCUUGUUCCUAGGAGGUAAAUCCUUCAGUCAAAUGAACUUUGCUACUCAUGCCAAAGCAUUUCUUUUUGUAUUUGACAUCUGGCAUGGGGAUAGACAGCCCUGUGAAAGAGCUGUUCAUGAUAAAAAUGCCCUGCAUGAAUCUCCUCUCCAUAUAAAACAUCAAGGUAUUAUCAUUUCAAUGGUGCAAGUAUUAUCUAUACUUAGAAUAUAUGCCUCUUUUGUAAGUCACGGAAGUCAUAUGUGGCAGAUUUCUGAAGUGUCUGAGCGUAGAACUGAAGAGCCUGAUUAAAACUGUAAUGCAUGCAAAAAGCAGGAGUUUCGCCUAUUCUGUAGAUGCCUGACUGUGUUCAGUAUAUUGAGUGAUGAUGGGAUAGAGAGCACAGAGUUGCCCAGAAGCCCUUGGGAAGGUAGGUAUACUUGGAACAAGAAAAAUCUGGGAUUCUUGUCUGCCAGAAGUAGCAAAUGCAAGCUGCCAAGUUAUAUGGGCCUGCUGCUGUUAUUCCACAGCAAAGCAAUAAGAUGUUUGAUGGAAUUAAAAGGUGGUGAAUAUAGAGCUGAUUUUUUUUAAAAAAGGGCCUGUUUGUAUAAUUCGUACUUAGCCUCACAAACUUAUUACCACUGGGAAUCGCUGAAGUCAAGCUGGCAAGGUGCAUGGUGGACAGGAGCAGGACUGUACAAAGUUAUAAUGGUGCAUGCUAGUAAAUAUUGGAAGGAAUAUUCAAUCUUAUCCAUCACUAAUGGAGAUAGCCUGUCACUGUCAAAGCUAAGGAUGAGACCUAGUGCAGUGGCAGAUUGUCCUCCCUCAGCUUUUUCUAUCUGCUCCUGGAGGCAAGAUAGGACCAAAUUGUUCAGAUUUAAUUUAGAACUUAGUAACUCAGAUCAAGGGAAGAGAUCAGAACACAGAUCCAGGUUUCUAGUCACAGAGGAGGACUGCAGAAAUCGGUUACCAAGGAAGAGCUGGAGAAAGUGGGGGAAGGAGAAAGCAAGAUAUGGAGCAUGGCUGGUGCUGGGCCUUGAUUUGUCCAGGUUGCUUGCUGGUCUCUUGUCUCUUAACUAUCUCCGCAUGCUUUUAACUGACUCGGCUGAAGCAUCUCCAUUCAGAUUGAAUGCAACCAAAAAACAGGGCUCACAAACAGUAAAUUUAUUAGCAAGUUCCUUUGUAUUGCAAGUCUCCCAGACAUUUUUAGUAAGAGAAUAUCUAUGAAAUUCUGUCAUGACUUCAGAGAGAGAGAGAGAAAAGUGGCCCAUAAUUGCAACCUACAAACUGUCAGCUGGUGUUUUAUUUAGGUAUUGAAUUAACAGAAAAGGGAGAAGAGCUGUCCUUGCAAAUUUUGCUUGUGCCAUCAAUUUUGCAAUAAAUCGCUAUAAAUAUAUGUUUUACAAACAUUUAACAGCAAUCUCUUUUCAAAAAUGUAUUGGGUUUGGCAGAGCUGGUUUUUGUCCCUCAGCAGUGACGUGGUGGAGUGAGUUUCCACGAGGAACUUGAUCACAAUGAGCCAAAUCCAGAGAUAUGCAACAAAGGACUUGUAGGACGUGAGUUACAGACAAAUGACUGGGAAACAUUUGAAUGUCUUCCAGACUUUUCAGAUUGUUUCCUAAUAGUUCAAAGAAGGAUCAAGGCAAAAACAAAUUUGUUGAUAUUUUUCUAAUGAAGGCAGCAACAAAAACUGCCCCAGCCCUAUGAGAGGCUGGGCAAGAACUCAUCUAGCUGGCAGGACUAGGUUUUAUAUCAAUUACAAAUUAUUCAUAUUGUUGUUUAAAGGAGUAUUUGAAUUUUGGACUUUUGAUUUUUACAAUAAUUAUUUCCCUUAAUUAUAUAAUCACAGAAUGAUAAUUGCAUUUCAUAUUUCAUUUUACAUUCCACCAACAUGAAAGACUAAGUCUCAAAUGUAUUGAAACAAGGGACUAAAAUAAGAACCAAAGGCACAUUAGUCUUGUCCUGAACAAGUAGAAUUCAGAGUGAUUCCAUUAGCAGGUCACUCACACUAGCAAUAAUAUUUUACUUAAAUUCCCUUGUAAGCAAAAGACUAGGCUUUAAAUAUGUUGUGCUGGGGGACCAAAUUUGAUACCUGAGGUGACUGUUAACCAAUGAUAAGAAGCAUUUUACUUUUUUUGUUUGCUUGUUUUGUUAACCUGGCCAAUGGACUAUGAAGUUGUAAGUUAACCUGAGCCUAAAUAAGUAAAAUAUUCCAUUAUUAUGAGUAAAAUAUUCCAUUAUUAUGGGCAGAAAGUAAGGUGGUGGUGGUGAGGGGAUUGAAGAUUGCUGUGAAGAAACUAAAUGAGCUGGAGGUCUCUACCUGGAAAUUAAUUUGUCAAACUGUGAAAGGCCUCAGGUGUGUUGAGAAAGACAGACUCACACAGAUGUCAGUGCUGUGAUUGCAAAUAGGCCUUAAAGAUAUCCUUGAAUUAAAUUUCCUAUUAAUAACUUCUUAUUCAAAUGCCUCCCCUCCCCCAUCGUAACUUUUUUUUUCUUUCCCCUAUUUCAGGAAUGCAGCUGCAGGGUCAAUAGACAAAAUAUUUUGUUUUCCUUGCAAAUUACAUGUUGGGUAUUAAACUGUUGCAAAAAAUCAAAUGCUAUUAACUGACAAAUUUGAACUUACCUCAACAUAGCCAGCCUGGGUUAAAUAUGUGAAGCUAACUUUCACAUAAUUCAUGUUUCAAAGCCAGGGAAGUGUCUGCCUCUCUGGGACAUCCUGUGUUACGCAGGAACAUGAAAUGGCUGAAGACUGAAGCAAGGUAUUCUGGAACAGCAGGAGACUGUGACAAAUCGUAGGAAGUUUCAAACAGAAAAGACCUUUAAGGUCAUGCUCUUUUCGUUGUGCAGUGUACGUUUGUUACCUGCAGAUUCACAAUUUUCAGCCUUUUCUGUGAUUUAUUUGGCUUUGUUUAGUUUGAGACAAUCAUGUAGAUUUGUAGAUGAGACAAUACAGUUUUUCAGGGCUCAGCUUGUAUUUAGUUUUUUCCAGUAGGAUUCUUUUUUCUUCUCCAAAAAGAAAAAAAUUGUGUUCCUGUUCCAUACAGUUCCAAAGAGAAAACUUUAGACCAACCACUCAUAAGGGUUGACGUUGAUUAAUAACAGAUAUAUACGCAUUUAUCCUGCCCCUUUUUAGGUUGUUUCAGCAUGUUUUAAUCCUUUAAAGCAAUCUUCUUUGCAGAAGAGUGACAUUUAAUGAAGAUCAAAAAUACAAUUUUAAUAGGAAGAUUAAGAUAUUUUGCUCCCCCCAAAUUUUCACGUUUCUGAAAAUAAAAAUAUCCCUAUGCUGGCUAGAAUUUUGAAAACUGAGGUGAAUAAAAACUUUAUCAAGCUGAGGAUAGUUUUGCUGUGAAAGUUGUUUUGCACUAUCCUAAUUUAAGUUUCAUUCUCGUAUUAGAGCAUAUAUCAUAUGGGUACAGAAACUUGUAAAUAAUGGUGCUACCUCAUUGCUGUUUAUGGGAAAUACUGACAUUUAUUUCCAGUGAUGGAGAUCUGACUCACUAAAGCUAAUAAUAACAGCAGCAAUAUCCACUGUUACUGUAAUACUUUGUUACAGCUGCUUUUGUCCAUAUUAAUGUUAUUGUUGUUACUGCUAUGUUAUCAGUGAAUAUAGACACAUUCUCAAAUGUAUUUAUGAGAAAAAUACCAUCGUUAAGGAGCUCCUUAAGUUUUUGGUUGAUUAGACUCUAGUGACGGAAGGAUGGUUUGGGGGUUAAGGGAUUGCAUUCAGGUCCAGACGGUCUCGGUUUGGAUCUUGGCUAUAACAGCAACCUCUGUGUCCAGUCUUCUAACUUCUUUGUGUUUCAUUUAGACCUGAUCUUUAGAAAAAACAAAACAAAACAAAAUCACACGCAGAAAGAAGCUCAGUACUGCUAAUAGCAGCUGUCCUUGGUCCUGCCAUUUGUUGUGCCGUUGGCUUUGGGAGCCCACCUAAAGUUAACGGGGCUUGAAAGAGCACGUAAGUCCAUAUGCAGGUACAUCAUUGCAGGCAGGAUGUUUGUACACCUAGUCGUAUAAACAUGACAAAUAGAAAUAUCCUCAACUUGUACAUAAGCAUAUUUAAAACGUACUUACUUAAUGACACUAAAUUUUAUGGAGUCAAUUAGAUAGGAAAGGGCCUUUCAGGUACAUUUUAAACCAUCCAAAUGUGUUCCAGAAGCACAGAUAUAGAAAAGACGCAACAGUUUAGAAGAUGUGUGUUCGGACUGCAACAGUGAAAAAUGUAACCAACCAAUACAGCCACUUCCCAAAGAGCUGCAGUAUUGCUCCUGCUCAUCAUUCUGUAGACGUGUAAUGCUUGACAGACCAUCCAGUGGUGCAAAUUCAAAUGAGCAUUUUAUGUUUUCCUUUUCUCAACAAUUAUAUUUUUGAUACAUAAUAUUUUGUAUUUCUUUUCCAAACAAUCUUUUAAAGUCAGAUAAAUAUUUAACUCUAAGACAGUUAUCUAAAUUGUUCUGGAGUGGACUAUGACUAAAAACUAGAACUAAGUUACCACUUCAGACUGUUUUUCUGUUGUUAAUGGCCACUACACAUUAUGAUUUUUAUUUAUUUAUUACUAAAUAUCUCUGUCCUUUGAUAGUUCCCCACUCUGUAAUAGAGGUGCACUCAGAGUGCCUCAAAAUAACUCAAUGUUUCUUUGUAAAAUAUGUUGUUCUGGAUGCAGACAGCUUGCUAUUCAGAUUUGGAUAUGACACUGGUAUUAAAGAUGUGCAGGGGAAAUGUGAUUGUGCCUAAAAGUUAGAUGAUGUUGCUCUUGUUGCUCUAUUAAACAGCUCAUAAUUAAGUCUUUGAAGAUGCCAUUGAGGUCUGGAGUAUUUCAGACCUAUGUCUUAAAGCCCUGCUUUACCCAUACACCUACCUUGUGUAUAGCAUUGGUUGGUGUUAAGUAAGCCUGGGCGUGCUUACGGAUUAGUCUUUGAAAUUUUUGAAAUAAAGAAGUCAGCUUGUUGUCAACAUAGCCAAACCUGGGAAAUUCUAACUGAUUUCUCAUCUUCCAUGGCUUCUGAGCAUAUUACUUUCCUCUAAUUUUUACUCUUGCUUAAUAACAGGGUUUUUUUAGGCACGUUUUUUUCAGUAAAAAACUGUAAUUUCAGUAUUUCAAAUUGGCAUUGGUAUGCCUACAGAUCUAAAGGUCCCUGGACUAAUUAUGUUCAUGUUCUACUUAUUGAAGACUGAUAGCAAAAUAAGCUGUACUGCUGUGGAAGAUGAGAUUUGACUGCUUAAGCAAAUAUAUGUUGCUUUAAAAGGAUGGCUAGCUGUUGCUUUUGGUGCAUUUCAUUUUUGGCACACACAUAAUAAAUUUAAGAGACUUGUUCAGUCCUACUAUUUCAGAAAUGUACUUAUUCAUUUCAGUUGCUGACUAUUUUCGACUGUUCAGCUGACUUUACUAGAUUAGAGCAAGAGAAAAUACUUUCAAAUCUCAGACAGUCACCUCUAAUAGUUUUGGUUUGGAAGAAGUGGAAAAGACAGGAAGCUUUUCUUUUCCUUCGGUCAAAAUAAGGUAACAUUGCUAUGGGAAAGUGUUCAGCUAUCAUUAAUACCAAUUAAAGAAAAAAAGAUCUGGAACAUCUUAGCUACUUUAUUCUAGAAAUUACACCCCCCCCCCCCAAGAGACUUCAAAUACAUAACAAACAGGAAUUUUGUUAGAUGAGGCUUAAUUAGAUAAAUGUAGCACCGCAAUGGACACUGGGUAAGUGUUUCUGGAUUUCUGAGCAAGCAUAGCCAGUCUUUUAGAUGAUGUGAUGAACUUCCCUCUUGGACAGUAUUUCUUAUACACAUGUACGUUUGGCCAUUCAUGAGAACUGCCCGUUAUGUAGUGAGUAUAUGUGGCUGCGAGAGGAGGAAGAAGAGAAGCAGAAACGGAUUCAACAGUGAGCAAGGCCCCUGCCAGAAGUUUAGAGUAAGAGCACUUCAGUGUAAAUCAGUGCUGUUCCAAACAUGCCAAUAUAGUCCUAUUUAUGUAAGUUAGCAGCAUGAGAGAAAGGCUUGGAAAAAUCAUCUGCUGGUAUCAGGUACCGUUGAAAAUGACUUUGACCUAAGCAGCCUCCCCCCCGGCGAAGCUGAUCCAUUUGGACUGGCACCUUUCCCCACUGCUUUGCCAGCUUUGGCCAAAGGCACAGCACGUGCCAGCAUCUUAGCUCCUGAAGUUAAAUAUUGACAUUGAUAUAUGAGAGCUUACUGGAGCUUUGGGUAGAAUUAUAAGACAUUCAUUUCACAUAUACAGUACUAACGCAUACUGUAUUUUUCCUAUCAUUAAGAACUUUCAAAGCAUGUGCUAACAUAAGUGGGAAACAAAUUAUAUAUGAUAAGCUGAGAAUUUUCAAGAUAAACUCAUUUACUCUUCCUUAUAAAAUUUUCUACAAAGUUAUUACUACUCAAUGACAUCACUAAUUUGCUGUAGCCCCAGGCAUACCUACUGCUAUUUAUGUUACUAAAAAUGGAUUUCUUAUUUGCCAGAGUAAGCAAGUGUGGUAUCUGUCUGAGGACAGCUGCUUCAGCCUUUCAAGUUCAGUGAGAUUUCUGGGUGAAAGAAUUCCAAUCAUCUCUUUUGAGAAGACAAUAUGAGGGUAGUCAAAAUAAGCAAUUUCAAGAAUCUGGCACUUGCAGCAAAGCGUAGACAGGGCUUUGGAUCACUGAAGAGGUCACAGGAGAACACAGCUAUUAAAUGAUUAUUUUACACAAGUGUACAAAGUAUCAUAAUUUAUAGGUAUAUGAGCAAACGCUGUGACACUUCUGGUGCUGAAAACUGCCCAUGACACAUCAACCAGGGAUGUGCAUGAAAACCCUUUAUGUUUUUGUAAGUUCUACAUUAAGGCUACACUGAUCACUUUGUACCUAAUUAAUGGACAGGAAAGAAAUACCUGAAUGUUGAUUAACUGCCUAAUCAGAAAUGUGGUUCUGAUCUCUUCUGCCAUUUCCCCAUUACCCCUUUAACAUUACUGAGGUUUCAAUAGAGUCCAUGAUGUAAGGUACAUUUUUAAUUAGGCAAAGAUUAAUGUAAUAUUUCUGAUGAGAAGGUAAUUGAAGGAAAUCUGAAGGAAAUCUGAAGGAAAUGGAGCAUGUGUGAGUUAAGCUGCAAACUCCAGCUGUGUUAACUCUCUUACUCUAUGUUAAAUGAGAAGUAGAGGAGACAUGCAUCUCGGGUAAACUUCACUCCUGUACAGAAGGCCAGCGUGAAACUUAAAUGCCUUUAAUUUUCAUGAGGUUUUAACUGCAAUUAAAGUGGCAUAGUCUGAAUGAUGGGGAUGAGUUUGGCCUCAUAAGGAACACAUCUUUCAAAGGCUGGUUAACAAAUUUAUUUGAAUUACUAAAUUCAGUUUUGUUUCUUUAAGAGAAACAGGCAGUUCAGUCACAAAAAUACAAAUAUGUUCAGAGAAAGCUAAGGCUGCCGAAGCUGCAACGGGGAAGCUAUAAUGCCUUGAGCUGUCAAAGCACUUUCUGACAUCAGUAGAAGUGGUACUUUUUGCAAAUAAGAUUGUUUACUAGCUGACUAGAUGGGUUCUGCUGAAAUAUGAGCUCUCAGUAACCUGAACCACAGCGAAUGAGGUCACAUGCUAAAAGUUAUCUUUUUUCUAAGAUGGAGCAUUAUGAAAUCUUGGUCUUAAAGAAUUAUGUGCAUUUUUUUCUCCAUUUUCUUCUAUCACAUGAAUCAGCAUAAGGAAUAAACCUUAAAUUCGCCCACUGUGAGACAGACAGGUGGCUCCAGUCAUUGAAGAAGUCAAUAGCAUAGAUGCUUACGUAGUCAGUUAGAUGCUUUGCUCCUGUCCCAAAACAAUUCAGUGUCCAAAACCCGAAGACCAGAUGGCGAUUCGGAGCUCAGCCCUUUGGAGCUGGCCACUGGCUUCAGCUGUUUUGCCAGGCACAGUCCAACACAAAGAAAAUCAACACCAACAGACUUCAGUGGGAGUAGAAAGGGGGGCUUAUUUCAUUAAGGUUUCUACAUCAUGAAUCUCCCCACACUAAAUUGUGUAUUUAGACCUAUACUUCUAUAACAUUAUUACAUUCCAUACCAUUAUUACAUUAUAUCCAGAUAAACUUGUCCAAUGUUUGUCUGUUUGCUUGACCAGCAAAAGCAAACAUGAUCUUCCAGUGCCAAAGUAUUAAUGCCAAAAGACUCCCAUCUGUUUAUGAUAAUGAGGCAUGCCUCCUUAUCUGAGACUCAUUAAUCAUAAUGGUAAUAAUUCCCAGAGCAAGCACAGAACAACUCCGCUUAUUUCACCAUUGUCUUUUGCUAUUUUGCCAUUAUCUUUCAAGGAAUGUGGCUGAAUUCUUCUCUUGGGUCUAGAAGAGGCAGGACAGAGAAUUGUGAUAUAAAAAUGGUGCAGAUCGCAUUAGAAACUUCAGUGAGAGUGAUUUCGGGAGAACAGAAGUUAUAGGUAGCUAUGUUUGCUUUAUGCUGUUUUUGCAUUCCCCAGAUACCCUUAAGGGCUGGUGGUGGGGUGACCACUGGCAAUUUAACAGCAAUGCACGUGCUGCCUUUGCGGCUCUCAUGCCUGCAGCUUUGUGCAGCAAAUUAUUUAUUGUAGGUAGAGAGAAACGGUGUUUAAAACAACACUGGUGUAAUACUUCUUGACUGCUGAGACCAACUGUAGAGACAGUGUUGUUCUUUACACCUGAUACUAAUAAAAUAAAAUAAUUAUUAGGCAUAAUGAUCAUAGUGUACAGCUCUAAAUCUGCGAAGCAUAGGCUUAGCCUUAACUUCCUAAAAAAGGUAAUUAGCAUGGACUAGCAGAUGUGCUCCCUGCACACGUUAUUUGCAAAUUUUAUACUCACAGGAUUCCUUAAGUACUAAUAGCUUUUAUGUGCUGUUGCCACCUGCAAACUUUAAAGCAUGUGUAAUUUAAAAUACACGAAAAUGGAAUCAAAAAAAGUCGGUGGAUAAAAAGCUGUUCUUGAACCCAGCAGUCUCUAGGUUGGCCUUUUAUAGAGGGGUCUCAAAUAGAGAAGUAGACUGAUAAUUUGGCAGUAGGUGUGUAUUUCUGGUAUUUUAUUUGGUCUUUCUUUAUGGGGAGAAUUAAAAAAAAAAAAUUAUCAUUCCCCUACAGAAAACAAUAAUGAACAUUGGAAAUCCAGCUGGGAGAGAGGAGACAUUUUUGAAUACUGACCAGAUGUUUGAUCAGAUUAUUUGAACUAGAGCAGUUGAUUUUAGUAGAUCUGCUCACGUUUACAUUAUUAAAGUUUCUGCACAAUACUUUAGUUGUUCUUGAUUUCUGUAUAUUUUAUAUUAAAGGAGUUACUGGUCAGAAUGCUUGUGAAAUAGCACAUAUUAAUGACUUUAUCAGAAUAUUUUUAGAAAGUAAAUUUGAAGUGAUGAACUUUGAUUUCUACCACAGAAACUAAAAGGUAGACUGACUUCUCUGGUGAGCAAAAACACUUUUGUAUCACCUUUGUGUGCAAGACAGAUCUAGUCUCACAUAUUCUUACGGAAACUACCAAAGAUAUUUAUCUACAGAAAUUAGCCCACAAUUUCGAAAAGUGUUUCUGCCUGUUUAAAAAAAAGGGGGGCGGGGGGAAACCCUGAAUGCAACUCCUUGGGCAAUCCACCUUCAGAAAAACAGUCAAGCUAUCAUUAAUGAGCAGAGGGGUGUAUGCUAGAAACAUUGUUUGGAAUAAGAGUUCUUUUAACACAAGGUCAGCCAAGGCUGGUGAUAGGGCUGAGGUGGAAGCUGCCUUGAAAUGAACAGCACAGCAUUUAGGCUGUGAAAAGAUAUAGGGAAAUAGUUCUUAUCAGCAGCUUAUGCUCACGCCAAAACCCUAGCAAACAAAGUAUGUACAUCAUUUGUGUGGUCCCUAGAACCUAUGGAACAAGCACUUUCUCUCUUGCCUUGUUAUUGCAAGGGGGUUCUAAUAUUCCUAGUUUUCUAAUAUGUGAGUGAGUAAGCCAAACCCAGUCUUGACUUCCACAGCUGUCCAGCAGAGCUUGAGUCCCGAGCUUGGUCCUGACCGUCCUCUUGGCAAGCUUUCCCUGUGGGCAUCGUCAAACCACGUCCCCUCCCUAUUCGAGUCCCGAGACACAAGGAAUCUAAUAACCUUGGGUGUGGGUCAGCUGCUUCUGGCUUCAGCUCAACUAUCAGACUUUUAGGGCAUUAUCCUUUAUUUGCCUUUCCUCUCAUUAUGGAGUAUUUCAGCUUGUAAAAUAAAAGAAAGCAGCUGACACAGGCAGGAAGAGAAAGACAGUAAGGCAGUACUUGCUCCAAAGUGUUCCCAGUCUAUAUAUAGAAAAGAAGACAGAACAAUCCAGGGACUAAAUAAAGUGCAAAGGCAGUAUUAGUAAGCCUCACAGUCAAUGUCAACAUUUUUUGUAGGUGUCAGCGAAGAGGAUGUUAAGGAAAGAAAGUUUUAUGGAUGCUUGCAGGGAGCUCCUCCUAUUACAUGGGCAGGCUUGGGUAAAAGCCCAAACAGAUUUCAUUGAAAACAUGUCAAUGGAAGUUGGCAUCAUGGUCUCUGCAGGAGAGGAAAAAACAGGCCAUGAAGGAAUAAUCCAGGAGAACAUGGGGAAGUGAAGGUAAAGGGGAUGUGCAGUAGGGAAGGAGCCGUGAAAGACUGCUGGUAACAGAGGUGUCAAAGAGACGGGGUAGGAAGAUGCUCUGUAGAGCAGAACCUGGAGGGAUACAAGCACAGGAGCUUGAGUUUGUCAUGGGCUUUGGAAAGAUCUUGAAAAACUGGGUAGGAGUGUGAAUGUUAGCUGUGUGAAUGGUUAGAAAAAGAUCUUUGGGAUGAUGUGAGGAAAAAAAAAAAAAAAGAAUCUUCUAGAUCCUCUAGAUUAAGACAUAACCUAAAUAUACUGACCUAGAGAGGAGGUUCCAUGACAAAAAUGGUCCCCAGUUUGUCUCAGUUUUUAGGCUUGAAUCUCAGACGCGAUGCCAGCCCUGUCCAGAGCUAUCAAUAAAGGGAAUAGAAGGGAGUGCUUUAGGGGGAAGGUUUAAGUGCUCAGUUUUAGCUGUGCUGAGCUGACAGCUAGACCCUGAAAGGAUAUCGGAGCUGGAGGUCAAAAUUUUAGUCUGGCUAGAAAAGUAGCUAGAGAGAGUGAGAUUUGUGAAUUAUCAGCACAGAAGUGAUGGUUGAACAUGUAUGAAUGGUGCACAUAGAGAAAGGGGAGAAAUUACAGUGGAGGAAAAAAAAAGGAUCCCCAUGGAAACCUGGGAUGGAGGGAAUGGGGCAGAAGGAUGUGCUGGAAGAGUGCGGCAGGGGAGAAGGAAGCUGGGGCCACAGGCAGCGAGACCCAGUGCUGACUUCUGUCAUGCGAGAGGCGCUAGCCCUCAGCAGACAAAAAGCUAGCACGGAGGGAAACGUACUCAAAAUUGAAGCUGAACUAACAAAUGCUAAUAUAUGGCUUACUUAGGAAAGGCAAGGUGGGGGGGGUGAGACAAGAUAGUAACAUUCAUUAUAUCUGUCAAUACGAUGUAAAAUAUACAAGCUUUUCUUCACCUCUGCCAGAUAAAUCAACAUAUGUUGCCUUUUAUUUACAAGCUGUUGGUGAACCAGUCACUAGUUGCCCAAAUUUGUGUGAUGUCUAUAAAUCUUGUGCUGACAGUUUCCCCUGGUGAAGCUUCAGCCUAUGGAUCAUAUAGAAAUUCAGUGCUACAGCUGCUGUUGAUUCAUCAUAUACAAGUGGCUGUCCUUAGCAAGGGGACCUCCAGGGAGCUCUGACAGAUUCGGAGUGGCUUUGCUGAUUCAAAAGCCAGCAUUAUUUCCUUUGAGUCAGGCUUGAACAAAUGCCACUUAAUGGUACUAAGCUUCAUUGCUACUUGGAAGUACUGUUUUUCAGUUGGUCUGUGAGAUCCAGGUCCUGAACUUUUGCUUUUCAUCGUCCCAGGAAAUCAAGCUGCUUAUGAGAAUUUAGUCCUAGCUGGAAUCCCUAAUCCAAACGCUUGCAGGCUUUGGCAGUCAUGAUUACAAAGUUCCUGUACAUAUGUCUGGAUCCUAAUUUUGUAGCCAGACCUUUUCCUUAAAUAGCAUAAUAAAUUCCUCAGGUCAAGCAAUUCUGGCCUGGAUCUUAUUUGGAAAUCUCAGUGACAUGGCUCGCUACCCAGCAACGCUCGUUUUGGGAAAUUGUCCCUUUUGCUAAUUAAAAGCUGCUUUUGUUUCAGCGGGUACCAGCUCACCCUCGCUUUGAGCUGUACUAAUCCAUUGCAUUUUUGCUUGCAGAAGCAAACUUGAUGACCCAAUGACUGCAGUGAUUGAGUACGUUCAGGUUCAGGCAAAGUCCUUGUAAAUAUUAGUGAUGGCAUCAUGAACUACGAACUUAAGCAUGUAAAGCGUUUGGGCCAGCUAAAGAAAACACUGCUGUAUACUCAGCUAAUGGCUAAGCCCCAUUUGUCAGCCCCUCUAUGGAUUUUUGGGCUUCCUUGGUUUUCGUUACUUACCUUCGUUAACAGAACUGAGGUCAUGCUGUAGGGAAGGACAGGCUGCUGUGCGCUGUCCCGGUGCCGGCCUCGCUCCGUAGCCCAUCGGGAUAGGCCCCUGGUUGGAAGAAUUUAACAUUGAUGUGAACUCAAACAAUACCAAAAUAAUAACAACAAACAGAGUAAAAAAGCCUUAAUUAUAUUUAUAUUAAAUUUGAUUUGCAGAAAAAGAAAAGCAGAUCACUAAGAACAAGCAAACAGCACAAGCCAGCAUUUAGGAGUGACCAUUGUGUCACUGUUUCCGUUGCAUGUGUCUGGAGCUGUGGCAAAAUUAUAGCUGUUUCACCAUUUAAGAGUACAACUGUGAUACAUAUUAGACAAACAUGUUUCUUGACUGCCUAUCUGUUUUGAUGUGCAUCUUUGACUUGCAUCUUUGUGUUUCGGUACUGCAGUUGUCUCCCCGCAGGGCCGAGGGCCCUGUACCCCAGCGCUGUAGGAUCAGGACUUGUGCUGGUCUGCCCAGGGCCAGCUCAGCAGCAAACCCACACGAGCUCUGUGCUGAUCUCCAUAUAGCUAUGUGGUUUUGACAGUUUUAUUCGUGCUAUUCUUUUGUGCUUUUGUAUGUGAACAUUUACAGUUCAGUGAGCAUCCUCUUGAUGCCAAGUGAAAUUGGAGGAAGGCAACCCAUUAACUACAACGGAUGCUAGAGCAGCUCCUAAUCUCCUCUCCUCUCCUGAGUUUCUCUGCUGCCUACGUAUUAUCAGGGUGACUGUCAAAAAUGGGUAGAAUCAUUCAAGGUGUGACACCUCCACUUAAAAAAAAGAAAGGGGGGUAGGGGCUAGACAGUAAAGGUAAGAUGUAUUUUUUUGUAUCAACGUUAAUAUGAUAUGCCAGCUGCUUUAGUCUAUGGUUUAUUCACAAACUACAAGGCACUAAUAGACUGUGAUUUUUUUAAAAAAGAUAGUGUCUGCUUGCUCUUUGCUAUUCAGCGCAGAUGCAUGAAUCUGCAUGAUCUCGUACCCCAGCGCAAGCGAUUUCGGGUCGGGUGAGGAGAUUCGGGGCCUGGCUCUGGAUUUAGGCUCAGACCUCGCUGCUGCCUCUUCCUGCCUCACACCACAGCGGGCCUUGAAUGCCCCAGCUGACAUUUGGGGUUUCUUCCCAGAGAUAUGUGUGUACACAAAUAAUUGCUUCUGAACCUGGAUAAUUCAUAUUGCAUUACUGAGUAAUAUGCAUGCACUCAAUCAGCAAUUUGAUUGGAGCAAGGGGAAAAAAAAGUUAAAAGAUGCUGUGAUCUGCGUAGUAAUAAUCACACGCGUUUCCCAUCAUUUAGGUCUGUAAGAACUCGUGACAUUUGAAGCUGUCCUACCGAGUUGCCAUGGCAACAGGAAAAAAGAAAACG